AUGAUUAAUGUGGGGAUUUUGUCUCAGGUGUUUGUGGAUGAGCUUUUGGUGGAUGGUCAAUUACGAGCAUACUUCAAGCUCAUUGAUUCUUUUUGUUCUCCUAAUGACUCACUGUUUAUCCAUCACUGCAAUUAUGGUGAUGUUGGAAUUUUGGUGGAGAUAAUCUCUACUCAUUUUACCCUAUCAUUUUCGGAUGGGCAAGCAGUUGAUAACUUUUUCAACAAAUUAUUUUGCCUGCAUGAAAGGGAUUUCAGAGCUCGGGAAAUAAGUCUGACUGCAGCCAUAUCAUUUCUUUUCAAUCCCAUCUUACUUUCUGCACCAAAAGCUCUGCAGGCACACCUAAUUUCACUGGUUUCUGAAGCCACCGGUAUUGUCAAGGUUUCAGAAAAUUUGAAACCAGAUCUGAGACUUAUGGAUUACUACCUAUCAGCUUUUGAAAAGUCAGUGGUAUUGUACACCAAACACAUGCCUAACUUACAAAUGGAUGGCCAUCCUACAGGUGCUAGUGGUGCUUUUGUCAAAUCAGCUAUACAUGGGGAGACCUUUCGGCCAUGUUUUGAAUAUUACAUUCAGCCAGUCACAAGAAAGAAAAUUAAUUUUCUAAUCACCAAGUUAGACGAUUCCUUGGAUUCACAUCUAUGCAGCAGGUUCUUUAGAAAGAAAUCUGACCUGGUAACUUCCUAUAUUGCAUUCAUUAAGGAGAAUCAAUCUAUUCUUGACAUAUCAUGCAGAGAUGAGAUUGUAUCUAUCUUGAGUUGCAUAGUAUGGAGAGCUUCUAGUGAUGUUAAUGAUCUCGCACUACAUGCGAAUAGGGAUACAAGGGGGCAAGAUUUAUGUCUUCUUGCAUCUAUACUAAAGCUAAUGAGCAGUUCAAUGUCACAAGCUAUUUGGUGUAUGAGAAACAGGGGCGACUCUGGUGGUUUAAAAACAGCAAAAAACUGGUCUUCAUGUGGGGAAUAUGAUGGCAUUGCGGCUAUCAUCAGCUGUUUCAGAGACUCUAUAUCUUUACCAAUCCAAAAAUUUUUAUUUGACAUAAUGGAAACUCACCCAAUGAUGCAUCAGAGGUCCAGGAUGAUGCUUUUUCACUUUUCAGGUUUGCUAUCAUCAAGCUUUAUGAGUAGGCAUGAUUCCGUAGUGAAGGGCUGCAUAUUGACUCUGAUGGAAGUAUUGAAUUUAUUUGUUUUUGAAGAGGGUAAUUUGGAUUCACUGAGACCAUUGAUUGAUUCAACUUCUCGAUACUUUUCAACUGGAUUACCAGUUGUUGAUGUUCAGGAGGCUGUGGUGUAUCAAAAAUCAAGCUUAAUGGUUGCAUCAAAAUUCCAAAAAAUACGAACUCUAUACUUGAGUACGACUCCUCUUGCAAGAGACUGCACAGGAAUUGAAGAUGGGCAAGCAGAAACUUUGAUGAGUGCCUUGGUUCCUUGUAACAUGGAAUGUGAUACUGGCAUAGAAGAGGAAACGGAGGAAGCAUGCAAUGGGGAGAUUUUCCUCAAGUGCAUACUGGAAAAUCCCAAGGAAUUAUCUGACUUUGAUGAUUUAGCUGAUUUCAUUAAGUGCAAGAAGGGGAAGGAUUAUUUUUGCUGGUUAAAGGAGCGACAAAAGUACAGAAAGUGGAAAUGUGAGAAACUGGCAGUAUUAAGGUGGAAGAAAAAGAAAAAAAUUUGGAAAUUUAUGAAAGGAAAGAAAACAUAGAUUUUGAUUGUACUUUGGCAUGAACACGCAAGCAUGGAUGUCUGUCUGAUUAAAUUGCAAAGUGACUGACAUUAUUAUGAAUAGAUUAGAUAUGGGAGAAGUCUCCUUCAAGGGCGGAGGCAAGUGCCCCCCCGGUCAAAAAUCUUUUUAUUUUUAUUGCUUAGUAUGUAUAUUGUAUAUUUGUAUAAUGUAUUAUUUGUGCCCACUCGAAAUCAAAGACAAAAAUAUUAAUGUACAC